AUGCCUCCAGGCCGGCCUCCUAAACGGCCUGGUGAGCCCGAGGUCGAGGCCGCAGACGGCACCAAGUGCAAGCUGCCGAGGUUGGAUCGCGGCGGCACCCCCAACGACUUUUCGAGUGUCGUCAAGAGCAAGCUGUCGUCAUACACCAGAACCGGCCAGGCGUGCGACCGCUGCAAGGUGCGCAAGAUCCGCUGCGACGCCCUGCCCGAGGGUUGUUCCCACUGCAUCAACCAGAACCUCGAAUGCUAUGUGACGGACCGGGUGACGGGUCGCACCGAGCGGCGAGGGUACAUGCAGGAGCUGGAGCGCGAGAAGACGGACAUGCUGAACCACAUUCGCGAUCUCGAGAAGUUGCUGGGGUCGAACGGUGUCGAAGUCAAGCCAUACGAUUGGAACACACUCCCGCAGGACGCAGGCUACCCUCCCAACGUCGCGUACGAUUCGAGAGGCAAUCCUUUAUCGGACUCGGGGGCUUCCGACAGCAAGAGCAACUGGCAACAUAUCGGUGCCGCGUUAUGGGUCAAGGAUCACCGGGCGAAGAACCGACCCUCCCGCGCCUCCAGGUCUAUGGUUGACGCGAAACCAGCCGACGUUCAUCUUGGGGUGGGAUCUGACCAAGCUCCCCUGAGCUCUAUAAAAGGCACCACGCUAUCGAUACUGGGCAGCACGAUAGAUAUUGGAUCGUUCGACGCGCCAGACAUGGACGAACCCGCGCCAGGUGUCCAGGCAAAGUCCCCCUUGUACAACAAAUCCGUGCAAGCUUUCAUGCAAUCCUGUACCAACGUUAACCCCCAACUCCACGUGGAAUACCCUCCGAGAGCUGACGCUUUUACUUAUGCCGAGUGGUACUUCCUGAUGCUCUACCCCUUUUUGCCUGUACUCCACAAGCCAACUUUCAUGAAUAUCCUCACGCGUCUGUACGAUGACCCCAACUUCAAGCCUACCGUAUCCGAGGUAGUUAUGGUGCACCUGGUUUUCGCCUCGAUAUACCUGCAAUACGGCAUCCGCAACAGAGAAAACCCCGAGCAAAAGGCGAAACUGAAUGAAUUAUCCAACAAGCAUUACCAUUUCUCUCUCAGCAAAUUCUUCGACCUUGCGACAUCCAAGACAUUCGAGGACCUCCAGGCUCUCACCAUGAUUGCAGUCCAUACUAGGUCUUUUCCAAAGCCGGACUGCAGCUCUAUGGUGACUUGGACCUGCCACGGGCUAGCAAUAGAGCUAGGGCUGCACCGCGCCAUGAAGAAACCUGGCGAGGAAACAAACCUGGAGAACGAAAUGCGAAAGCGCGUAUGGUGGACGAUUAUCGAAAUGGGCGUCACACUUAACGGCCGCAUGGGAAAACCCAUGCCAAUCCGACUGGAGGAAAUUGACGUGGAUUUCCCCGAGAUGAUUCCCGACGAACUACUCACGAAGGACGGCGUUGACACGUCCAGGACGGGAAAGUGUCAGUACGAGAUUGGCGCGGUCGGGUUCAAGUUGGCAGCCAUCUACCUGGAUAUGUAUUCGAGCAUUUAUUGUGCAAGAAAGGAUCCAAGCACGUAUCCUCAGGUCGUAGAAGAACUCGAGGAACGCGUCGGAGCCUGGCAAGACGAGCUUCCCGAGUCCUUGCGGCUAUCAGAGGGAAGUGAGAACCACAAUGAGAUGUUCGCGCUCUACGCGGAAUACAUCGUCCACGAGUUCCGGCUAUGCUUACGCCACCCUUCUGUCGCCAUGACGAAGGACCCGAAGCUGAUGGCGGAAAACAGCCGAGUUUGUGAGCAAGCCGCCAAGGACAUGCUCGCUGUCUCGCACAAGCUUUAUAAGCUCAAGUCACAGGAUACGACCUGGUAUGCUCUUUCGGAAUACGUUGCUGCCAUGUUCACCUCGCUUGUGGCGGUUUGGGAGCGCCGACACGAUACAACUUCUGCCGAGGUGUCCAGCCUGCGCGAUGACAUGAAUACCUGGCUUGUCAUCGUGGCUGAUACAUGUGAUCUGAUGGGAUGUGGAUCUGGACUCCGUGAUGCGGUAGCCUCCAUAGUUGAUCGCACAAUUGCCUGGAUCGAACAUGAUCGCCAGCGCAAAGGCAACCCUUCGGCGCCCCCGCAACUGUCCCAGGACAUGCUGAAACAGUCCCCCUCGACACAGGCCUAUGCUAGCUUGCCAAACGUGCCGGUUGGCGCCAAUCACCAUAACAAUGUUGACCCUGCAUUGUCUGCGGGCAAUGGCGGACCAGGCGAUGGUGUACCGCCGGCACGGAAUGGGUAUUACGCAGAGACAGCUUCGGAUUCAGCCGGCUAUCCAUCCUUACCAUACAACGAGCCACCGCCUCAAGCCUCGGGAAACAUGCCCUACGAGGCGAACAACCCGUACUUGUAUGCACAAGCUGGUCAAGUGACGGCCGCACAUGUACAAGCUCAAGCACAUGCACAAGCACAGGUGCAACAAUCACAAGCACCAGUGGCAGACCAUAAUCCAUUGUCUGCCUUUGCGGCACAGGCCACGCAGAUGGCUCAGCCGCCUCCAGAGAUGAUGUGGAGGCAGGAGACACCGGGCGGGAAUACAUGGCACGACUGGACUGCAGCAGUCGUUGACAACCAAGACCGAUACAGCGCCAACGCUCUGAUGUCUUUAGGUGCAGGUGCGAGACCCGGUAGUGUCGUCAACGAAGGCGGCUCAAACGCUCCGGAGAUGGGUAUGGGUGUCGGAGCCAUGAAUGCAGGAAAUGUACCCACCACGGCCAACAUGCAAUGGCCACUAUUGUUAUUCCACGAUGGCACCGGCGUGGGCGGCGCUUGA